GUGAAUUUGUGCCCACCAGGAAAGCUCAUUACACUCAAUGCCUGUUAUUAUUUUGUGUCACAGGGCUGAUCCUCCAGUUAUCUCUUUGAGUUUGUAUAGAUUAAUAGACUUUCUUAAUGAGAACUAUUCAUAACAUACCAUAGAGUUUGUAUGAAUCAUUUCUGCUAGGUGAGUUAUCAUUUACAUUCAUGCAAUCUGUACCCAAUGGUAAAUUUUCUCAUGCCGGCACAACUUAAACAUUGUUAGCAGGAAUUUUGAAGGACAAGCAGGUUCCUGCAUGCUAAUUGGACUUAUGUGUCAUUGAACAAAAUGUGUAGAUAGUACAGAAUUGUAAGAUCAUAUUAUCAAUGGAGUCUAUGUAAUGUUUAGGAUUCUGUGACAUUUGAGGAUAUUGCCAUGAACUUCACCCAGGAAGAGUGGGGUUUGCUAGAUCCUUCUCAGAAGAAACUGUACAGAGAUGUGAUGCUGGAAACCUGGAGGAACUUCACUUUUAUAGGAAACAAUUGUGAAGAUGAGAAUGCUCUCCAUUGUAAAAGUUCCAGAAAAAAUCUAAGAAGUUUCAUGGUGGAGACAUUCUGUGAGCACAAAGAAGAUCUUCUGGAUGGAGAACCUUUCACAUGGGUAGCAAAUGCCAAUAUGAGCAUGACAAGUUCUACCAACCUAAGCCCAUGUGAAAGCAAUGUGUGUGGGAAGGUUUCCAUGUGUCAUUCACUCUUCCAUAACCAUCCUACCUCUCACUCUCAGUACAAACCAUGUGAGCAUGAGGAGUAUGGAAACAAGCCCCAGAACUCUAACUCUCUCACAAGCUGUCAAAGACAUAUGAGAACUCAAACUGCGAAUGGCCCUUUACAAUAUAAUACAUUUUUAAAUCAUUUUGAUUUCCAACGUUUGUUGGUAAUAGAUCAGGAAACACACAGUAAAAACCCACUCCAUAGAUACAAAGAAUAUAGAAAGGCCUCUGCUGUUACAGUUUUACUUCACACAUCUGAAGGAACUAUAGGACAGCAUUAUCAAUGUAAUAUAUGUGGGAAACAGCUGAGUUCUUCCACUUCUCUUCAAGGACAUGAAGGAAUUCAUCGUGUAGAAAAAACACAUGAAUAUAAACAAUGUGAUGAAGUUUUUAGAUAUAAUAGUCAUCUUCAAAAGCAUGAAAAUAUACAUACAGGAGAGAAACAUUUUGAAUGUAAACAAUGUGGUAAGGCCUUUAGAUGUAACAGUAAUCUUCAUUUACAUGAAAAAAUUCACACUGGAGAAAAACCAUAUGAAUGUAAAAAAUGUGGUAAAGCCUUUCAAUGGAAAAAAUGUCUUAAAUUACAUAAAAAAAAUCAUACUGGAGAAAAACCAUAUGAAUGUAAAGAAUGCAGUAAAGCUUUUGCACAUGAAAGUCAUCUUCAUAGGCAUGAAAGAACACAUACUGGAGAAAAACCAUAUGGAUGUAAAGAAUGCUGUAAAGCCUUUACACGUAAAAUUUGCCUUCAUUGGCAUGAAAGAACGCAUACUGGAGAAAAACCAUAUGAAUGUAAACAAUGUGGUAAAGCCUUUAGAUAUAAAAGUUAUAUUCAUUUACAUGAAAAAAUUCAUACUGGAGAAAAACCAUAUGAAUGUAAACAAUGUGGUAAAGCCUUUAGAUAUAAAAGUUAUAUUCAUUUACAUGAAAAAAUUCAUACUGGAGAAAAACCAUAUGAAUGUAAACAAUGCAGUAAAUCUUUUACACAUAAAAGUCAUCUUCAUAGGCAUGAAAAAACGCAUACUGGAGAAAAACCAUAUGAAUGUAAACAAUGCUCUAAAGCCUUUACACGUAAAAGUUACCUUCAUUGUCAUGAAAAAACACAUAUUGGAGAAAAAGCAAUAUGAAUGUAAACAAUGUUAUAAAGCCUUUGAACAUAAAUGUUACCUUCAUUGGCAUGAAAAAAUGCAUACUGGAGAAAAAAAACAUGAAUGUAAACAAUGUGGUAAAGCCUUUAGACAUAACAGUAGUCUUCAUUUAGAUGAAAAAACAUACUGGUGAAAGACCUUAUGAAUGUAAACAUUGUGGUAAGAAUUUUACAUGGCAUAAAUAUCUUAAGUUACAUGAAAAAAUUCAUACUGGAGAUAAAUCACAUGAAUGUAACCAAUGUGGUAAGGCCUUUAGAGUCCAUUAUUAUCUUAAGUUACAUGAAAAAAUUCAUACUGGAGAAAAACCAUACGACUGUAAACAAUAUGGUAAAGCCUUUAGAUGGCACAAAUAUCUUAAGUUACAUGAAAAAUCGCAAACUGGAGAAAUAUCAUAUGAAUGUAAAUAAUGUAGUGAAGACUUCAAAUGCCGCCAUGAUGUUCAGAGACCUGACAACUUCCUACUACACAAAACCCUGUGAAUAAUGGUGUGGAAGGGCUUUAGAACUCAACCAUCUUUACAUGAAAGAAUCCAUGUUUUAGUAAACCUAUGAAUGCAAACAGUGGGAUAAAGCCUUUAGCUGAUACAGUUAUCUUCCUUUAUGUCAAAAUUCAUAUUGGACCAAAAUGAAAUGAAUGAA